CAUGGAGGCGGCGGCGGGCGGGGGCUGCGGCUCCGGGCCGCCGCUGCUGCUGAGCGAGGGCGAGCAGCAGUGUUACUCCGAGCUCUUCGCGCGUUGCGCCGGCGCCGCAGGCGGGGGCCCCGUGUCCGGGCCCCCUGAGGCUGGCAGGGCCGUCCCUGGCGCGGUCACCGCAGCCGCGGGCACCGUGGCCGACCUCUUCCGGGCGUCGCAGCUGCCCGCCGAGACGUUGCACCAGAUCACAGAACUGUGUGGUGCAAAGCGAGUUGGUUAUUUUGGUCCAACACAGUUUUACAUUGCCUUAAAACUGAUUGCUGCAGCACAGUCUGGCCUCCCUGUACGGAUAGAGAAUAUUAAAUGUGAACUGCCACUGCCUCGCUUUAUGAUGUCGAAGACCGACGCUGAGAUACGAUUUGGGAACCCAGCUGAGCUUCAUGGGCCCAAGGCUCAGAUUCCGUAUUCAGUCACAGAAAAAAACACCUUCAAGAGAAUGGACGAUGAGGAUAAGCAGCAGGAAACACAGUCUCCCACGAUGUCACCCCUCGCCUCCCCUCCUUCUUCUCCGCCUCAUUACCAGAGGGUGCCCUUGAGCCAUGGCUACAGCAAACUGCGGAGCAGCACGGAGCAGAUGCAUCCAGCUCCUUAUGAAGCUAGACAGCCCCUUGUCCAGCCUGAAGGACCCUCAUCGGGGGCCCCUGGAGCCAAGCCCCCUCGGCAUCAGGCUUCCCUUAUUCGGUCCUUUUCCGUGGAGAGAGAACCACAUGAUAACAGCAGUAAUUACCCGGAGGAACCCUGGAGGAUAACAGAAGAACAGCGCGAGUACUACAUCAAUCAGUUCCGAUCCCUUCAGCCUGACCCGAGUUCCUUCAUUUCAGGUUCUGUGGCCAAGAACUUCUUCACCAAAUCAAAGCUUUCCAUUCCAGAACUCUCCUACAUAUGGGAACUCAGUGAUGCUGACUGUGAUGGAGCCCUGACCCUGCCUGAGUUCUGUGCCGCGUUUCAUCUCAUCGUGGCUCGGAAAAACGGCUACCCACUGCCCGAGGGCCUGCCUCCGACUCUGCAGCCAGAGUACCUGCAAGCAGCCUUUCCUAAGCCCAAGCGGGAGUGUACACUAUUUGAUUCUUAUUCUGAGUCAAUGCCUGCGAACCAGCAACCCCGUGACUUGAGUCGGAUGGAGAAGCUAUCUAUUAAAGACAUGGCUGACUUUCCUGUCCCAGCCCAAGAUGUGACUAGUGAUGACAAACAAGAACAAAACAAAGCACGUCUAGCUUUGAAAAGUACUGUGGAUGAAGCCUUACCAAAGGAUAUGUCUGAGGAUCCAGCCACUUCUAAGGAUUCCAACAGUCUCAAAGCAAGACCAAGAUCCAGAUCUUACUCUAGCACCUCCAUAGAAGAGGCCAUGAAAAGGGGCGAGGACCCUCCCACCCCGCCACCGCGGCCACAGAAAACCCAUUCCAGAGCUUCCUCCUUGGAUCUGAAUAAAGUCUUCCAGCCCAGUGUGCCAGCUACUAAGUCAGGAUUGUUACCUCCACCACCUGCGCUCCCUCCAAGACCUUGUCCAUCACAGUCUGAACAAGCGUCUGAGGCCGAAAUACACCCCCAGCUGAACAGAGCCCCCUCUCAAGCUGCAGACAGUAGUCCAACGAAGAAGGACACACCAUAUUCUCAGCCUCCAUCAAAGCCCAUCCGAAGGAAAUUCCGACCUGAAAACUCAGCUACAGAAAACCAAGAGCCUUCUAGCACUGUUGGCGGGCCGGCAUCCACAGCGACCGGGAAACCCCACACAGCAGUCCAAAAACAGUCUUCCAAACAGAAGAAGGCGAUUCAGACUGCUAUCCGCAAAAAUAAAGAGGCGAAUGCAGUGCUGGCCCGGCUGAACAGUGAACUCCAGCAGCAGCUCAAGGAGGUUCAUCAAGAACGGAUUGCAUUGGAAAAUCAGUUGGAACAACUGCGUCCAGUCACUGUGUUGUAACCCCCAAGAUUCAAGUUACAGUGGGUGACUUUUUCUGCCAAGAUAUUUCCUUUGAAUAUUUCAACCCAACUACUUGUCAUAGAGAUGUCCAAGACUGGGUGAAAAACUGCAAGCCGCGGAAUAUAAUCCAUAUUUCCUUUUCUCUUGUACUUCACUUACACGUUUUACUCUGGUGGAAAAAAUACAACUGAUUAUCACACUUGAAACUGUAAUUUCAGUGGAAUUUAUCUCCCAUUCUUAAGUACUUCCUCAAGUUGUUAGAUGUUGCUCCUUACCAAAAACCAAUCUUCUAGCAAUUAAAAACAAGUAGAGCAUUAUUUAUUUAAAGAAUUUAUGAUUUGUAUAAAACAUCAAUACCUUCAGGAUGCUUGUUUUAUUUUUGUAUGUAUAUCAAAUACAGUAGGUUGGUUUCCUGAAUAAUUGGGAUUCCAACUGGCUAGUCUUUGGCAUGAUGAUAAUAAAAGUGAAAACUAAAACAAGAACAUCAGAUUUAGACAGGCACUGUGCCCUCUGCCACCAUAUGCCAAAAAUUGCUUCUCUAGUGCCAUUUUGACAUUGUAUCUAGCUAUAAAUAAUACAUAACUAUUGUUUUCUGUUAAAUGGCAGAGAUUUAUUGGGUCUUUGCACCUCUGUAAAGUGGACGUUUUGUCAAAGAUCUAUUUACCUUGGCCCAGCUAGGCCAUCAACUCAUAGAACUCAGUCCUUUCAUGUCAAUUUUUGGGCAAGAGCAGUCUGCUUUAACCGCCUCACCUGAUCAAAUUAAAUAAAUAGUUGUCAAAUCUCUACUUUUAUCCUGCAUGGGAUACCAUGUCUGUGAAUGCAUGAUUUUGGAGACCACACGUCAGAUGUGAAAGGCUGAAGAGACUGUUUGGACUGAUCAAUAUUUGUUGCUUGAACCCAGGUACCCACCAUGGAGAAGAAGGGGAAAUGGUGGUUACCAGCAAUCCAACAACUCUGGUAGUUAUUUUUGUCUUUGUUAUUUUAACGCGGAUUGUGAUUGUAUUGAGUAUGAAGGAAUAAUGAAAGAAGACUGACCUUCACUCUGGACAUACAACUGUUUGUUCUCUGUGAAGUGUACCUUGGGAAGUGAUUGGUUUAUGCACCGACUAGCGGAGCCCAGCUGUCUCCAGUGUAUGUGAUGUAAGACCGUGAGCUCAAAUCACAGAAGCCAGUAUGCUGGAGAAGUUUUGGUCGCCUGCUCCUCCUGAAAGCCCAAGGUGAAAGUGGGAAGUGAGUGACCCCACAGGCAUCAGGGCACGCCCACUCUCACGUCACUUUGAGAGACUGAUUACAAGAAAUGCUCUCUCUUGUGCAUUUUGCUAAUUUACCCAUUCUGGGGUCCUUUUUGAGGUGGUUUAGGGUAAGGGAUUAAGCCUUCGGUUGCCGAAGAGUUGACAGCUUUUAGAAUAAGGAGGUGUUUAUUUAAUGCUCCCUUAUUUUAUUUGCAAGCUUUAUCAAUAGCUUAAUGGUAGAAGAGAAAGGCUCAAGCAGAUGUUGUUUUCCCGAAAAAAAAAAAAAAACAAAACAAAUUGUUGAUUCUCUUCUGUGCAUAUGAAAAGAUUUUUUAAUUGAUUUGAUUUUGAAAAUCCCAGAGUUUGAACCAUUUCUCUAGUCCCCCUUUCCUUCCCUUUUGGUUGUUUUUUCUAUCCCUUGGGAGGAGUUUGGAGUCAUUUUAAAUGGCUUCCUAAGAUUAUGAAUGGGCGGUGCAGACUUUCGAGGUAACCUCUUUUCCCGUGUCCUGAGAUCUAGGGGCUAAAGCUAUUUUUAUCAACAGUGUCCUUGCUGCAGACAUUCCAUAGCGUGCUUAGCUUUUGUUACAUUCCACUCAGGAAAGAUCGUGUGCACUCUGUCUCCUCGUCUUCCAUACCUAUGCGCUCCCUCGAGAUAGCACUGUGUGUCCAGUAAGGAGGCAUACGAACUCAGGAAUGUUAGUCUUUAGUAUACAUUUAAAAAAUAGUGCUGUGUUUUCCCCCCAUCAAAUCAGUGCCAGAGUGAGAGAAAUUAGGAGGUGGGCUUUUGUUUAGCCGGCUUGGUUUUUGCUAAAGGAACAAACUCACAUUGGAUAAUUCAAGUCCCAUGAGUUGCAUAGUCUCACCAAUAUUUUAAGAUGAGCAUUGCAUUAAAGCAUACAUCAAUGUCAGUGACCUCUGACUGCACUUAGUGGUGACCGCAGUGUACUAGUUGCUUAGAAGUGGAUUAAAAACAAACAAAUGCACACUAUUAUUACUACCUGACCAGUGCACUUCUUCCAUGUCUCUGUUUUCUCAGAAUGUGCACUUCUAAUUUUGGAUUAUAACUCCUGUUAAUGUUUCUGUGAGCCUUCGCUGUGGUGUAUAGGAAGGCUGUGUUCUUGAAAUCACCAUUAUACCUCUUCUACAAAACUUCUCCAAAAUUAGAUCUGCUUGUUGGGUAGAAUUCAAUGGACACAAUGUCGAUGUAGCCCCCAUCCGUGGGGGUUUAAUAAGCUUGUUGUUCAGUGUUCUUCCUUCAGAGGGGUCCUGUUGUCCCAAGGAUGAAAGCACAGUAGGAAUUGAUAGUGGGCUCAUGGGGUGCCUCACUGUCUCUUGUAGUAAGUGGUGUGUUGCUUUUGCUCUCUCCUUGUCCAGCAGACAUGAAGUAAAACCGAGAGGUAGAUAUUUGGAAUGGAGGUGCGUGUUGUAAUCAAGGCAGACAUUUGGACUUGCUUUAGUUGGAAAGACCUAACCGCUUCAUGAACGUUGGAGAAGUGCUUUGGGCCUGAUUGGGAGGGGAGACAUCUUAGCUGGAAGCUAGGCCCAUUUUACUCUCCUUGGAGAAUAGGAUGGCAGAGCUGAGAGGACUUGUACCUCUCUUCUGCAGUUUGCUUGUGGGGAAACCAAGGCCAUCAGACACUACAUUUUCUAGCCCAAGAAUCUAUAGAAAGAUAAAUAGUGGCAGAGUUGGAAUGCCAGCUAAUGCUACAGAUUCUAAGUCCCAUCCUCUAGCCUCUAGCAGUACUAAAAAUAGACAAGAAGGCUUCCUUCUAUUUACCAUAUUGAAUUUUAUUUACUUAGUAAGUCUUCAAGUAUGAAAACAUGUUUCAGUGAGUUUUAGAUCUAGAUAUUUCUCUUGGAUUGAAGCAAAAAAUAAAAUCUGAAGGGAAGAAUAUGAUUGAACUGUUUGUUCUUCUGAACACCUCACCUUUCAUGAUGCAAUAAAUUACUCUGAGUUUUUUGGCAGAACUUUUGACAGCUGUUGCUUUGAAUGGAUUCCAUUCCUGUAUUCCUUAUGGGAGUUUGUUUUUAAAAUAGACUACUGCGAUGGAAAUGAACUCAAUAUGUAGUAAGUUACAGUUUUCUUCGAUAUGUCUUUAGUUAUGUGGGUUGCAAAUGUUCGAUUUCAGCAUAUUUUAGGGGGAGUAAUCAAAAACAUGCAUUUUUCUUUGAUUUCCUACCAGUGUCUGAACUGUCAUAAAGCAUUCUUCUCUUCAUAUGUGACUUGAUUCUAUAGUCUCUUUAUAAAUGAUAAAUUGUCUAUUUCUUAAAUGAUCUCUCAACCAUGGUAAUAAUAGAGGUGUACUUGAAAGAUCAAUAAGAAAAUCAUCUGGAAUGGAUGUUUUUCUUGCAAUUAAGACAGGCAUUUGCAAGUAUCUUCUUCUAAACAGUAGUCGGAAAGAUCUCAGUUACAGUAUAACACCUUACAGCUAAAAAAAUUUGUUCAGCACAAACUACAAUCACACCUCCUGACUAGACCUCACCAAAGGAAUGUAAUUUUGAAAGUAUAAAAAAAGAAUUCCAAACAUCAUAGCAACCAGAUAUUCCCGUAUUAUUGACUAAGACUUAGUAGUUCAUGGUUUAAACAUUUUGAACAAAAUGUAAUAUCAGUUUGAAGAAGGAAAGUCUUUUUCUCCACUCGUUAAAUAAAUAGAACACCAGCGACUUCAGUUUCUCUUUCCAACUGGCUUAUUCUGUUGCAUUCUUUGAAAACUCUGAUUUCGAAGGAUCUCUUGAAUUUACACUUUCGUGAUGGGUGUUUUGUUAUGUUCUUUUUUUUGCAUCCAUGACUUAGCAUGGUUCAAAUUACUAGAAGAAGUGGGGAUUUGGGUUUCUGGAGUUCUGAGGUGGCACCUCCCCUUUUGGCACGGGCCGAAGGCUACUGCCCACCAAUGCCAACAGCUCGGUCACUGAUGGCAACUGGCAUGUGAGUCUUAACUCUGCGAGCCACCCACUUUGCUUGUUUGCAAUGAGAAGUGCAUCUGAUUUUGUGACCCUCCCAAGAGGAACUGUAAGACCAGGCAUGGAGGAUCAGACUUGAAAAGCAGCACAGAGCCCAAGAGCUGCUGUCUCCCUCAGCAACAGGUGUUCAGAGGCUGCCUUACAGGUGUUCCCUGAAACAGCCAGUCUGUUGAUGUGAACAGGAGAUGCCAAGUACACAAUUGCUUUUAGGCUUAGAUAGUUAAUUGUCUACAUUUGCUAACCUACAUGAUGAUAAAGUCAGGGUUUCAACUGAGAGGACUCGUCUUAGUUACAGAAGCCUUGCUCCAUUCUUAACAAUGGGAAAACCUUUAUUUUUGUGUGUGUUUGGUGAGUUCUCUUGUCUUGCUCUAAGCUAAGUUCAUGGCUGCGGGAAGUUGGAGAAAAUGGGUUUGAGACUCUGAAGACCAGAGGACAAGGGACUUACAAGGGGGCUUGUAUUGGAAUUUGAGGGCUAUACUAGGGAAAGUCAGGGACCAGUUCCGUUCUACUUAAGUACUCUGUUGGACAACAGGACUGGGUCCUAAAUGUCCUUCACAAAGCUCUGCCCUCAGAACGGCGCAGUUGAUGCAAGUACCCCAUCAUACAGCAAUUGAAUUGGCUGAGAUUUGUUGUUUUUGUUUCAUCUUAAGGCAACUUGUAUGAGGACUUCACCUGUACCUACCUUGGGAACCGGGUUUACCUUUUUCUUUAGCACUGCCAUUCUUUUUGUUUUCAGCGCAAAUACGAUGUUCAAGAAAGCCAGAGGCAAGAAGGGCCAUUAUAGUCUUCAUUGCAGUGGGCCAGGAGAGAGAAUGAGCUGAUGGUCUAGUUUAACCUUGAGAAUAAAAGUGUUUAUUUUUUCACUACAGGUACAUUGAACAGUAAAAUGAAUAACAGCAAAGUAUAUAUUUGAUGCCUUCUGUCUUUUCAUAAUGUGCUGACAAGUUGUGUUAAUAGUUUACUUAGCCAGAGUCUUACUCAUUUGCUAGGCCUUAGGAACAUUAUGUAUAUUGAUCUUCAACAUAAAUAAAUAUAGGGUAACCUGUAUUUGGAUUGUAACUUGUAGACUCUAACCUUACUGCCUCUUUUUCACAUUUGUUGGAAAGUCUGUGAAGAACAUAGGUUAAAAGUCUCCUACUUUGGGAAACAUACAUGAUGUGAAACUGGGGUGCUAUGUUAAAAAUAAAUGUAUGAUAAUAAG